AUGCCCCCUUCCACACCCAUCAGUUCCUCCUCAUCCAACGUCCCCUCCACGACCACGCGCCCCUCCAAAUCCGACUACAUCGAAACCGACACCGGCAACAAAGUGUCCCGUAAAUGCGUCAUUUCAGGAUCCCAAAACAUCAUCCUCGGUGGCAAGACGUUGAUCCAGCCUGGGGUCAUUAUACGGGGUGAUUUGAGACGGGCCGGUGCAACGGGCGCGGCGGUGGUGGUUAGUAUUGGGAAGUACUGCGUUCUGGGAGAAGGGUGUAUCUUGAGGCCACCUGCAAAGACUUAUAAAGGGUAGGUCGCCUCGAGGUUUGGUCAUGCGUCAAUACCGUCCUCGUUGCGUGAUCCUGACUCUCCUCACCCCCUGACCAUUCUGACAUGACUCUCUUCGCGCCGGACGCGCCCCUCACAGCAUCUUCUCGUACUACCCGAUGAAGAUCGGCGAUUUCGUCCAUAUCGGAGCAGGCAGCAUCGUCGAAGCAGCGACCAUCGGUUCGGGCGUCGAGAUUGGCAAGAACUGCAUCAUCGUCAGCGUUUUCAAACCCUUUUCGGAGGAUCCUUUAGAAGUACUGAGACGGCGCGUAUUUCGGACACAGGGCUCCAUGUCUAUCAUUAAAGACAAUGCCAAAAUCCUCGACAACAGCGUCGUCGGACCUGGGACCGUGAUACCAAGUUUGACCGAAUGGGGAGGCAGCCCAGGUACGAACGUCACCACCUUCCUCGAGAGUUUCGGUCCUUGCGAGGGCGAGCGUUCACUUCCCCAGCCACUCAUUCCUGACUUCUCAUUUGGCCCUUCUUUCCAAUCACCGCAGCGCUUAUUCUAGACCAACUUCCCGAAUCGACUCCCGAGUUGACCGAAGCAAAGUCGAAAUCCUUCUACGCCAAGUUCCAACUUGAGUGA